AUGGCUCCCCCUGCUGGCGGCGAUCGGCCUAUUGAGGCUCAGAACGGAGGAAUUCAAACAACUCGACGCCGCGAAAGCUUUGCUUCACAGGAAUCGCAAACCGCGAAAGAUUUCAUUGAAUCCCAACUGCAACUCGAAGCCGAUGCGCGCGAAAUUCUUCCUUACUCUUUUGACUCUUGUACCCAAGAGCUAGGUCCACUCCGACAGACGCUUUUCUCUUGUUUGACAUGUAAUCCUCCGCACAACAACAACAACAACAACAACAACAACAACAACAACAACAGCAACAACAACAACAACAACAACAACAACAACAACAACAACAACAACGACGACGAUCCUUACAUCCCGGCCGCUGUUUGCUAUUCGUGCUCUAUAUCUUGCCACGGUGAACACACUUUAGUUGAGCUCUUUACUUGUACUCUGCGAGUCGAUCGGAAAACAAAAGCGAAGGGCGUUCGCUCUCAGCCUCCUGCGGACGGAAACAAGUAUAACCAUAACUUUCGUAACCGCUUCUGCGCUUGCAAUGAAGAGUACGACCCGCACAAGGAGAAGGGAACUAUGUUUCAAUGCCUCGGCCUAGGAACAGUUGAGACUGGAGGCUGUGGGGAAGACUGGUGGCAUCCUGAAUGUCUUCUCGGCCUUCCACGGGGACGUCAGGAUACGGCUAAGGAGACUGAGGCAACACCAAAGAACGAAGAGGCCGAAGCAAAUGUCGACAAGCCAGCCGAGGACAACGUGGACGAAGAUGAAAUACCUCUACCUUCAGGAUUCCCGAGUGAAGACGAUUUUGAGACUUUCAUCUGCUAUAAGUGCCUGGAUUCGAAUCCUUGGUUGAAGCGCUAUGCUGGAACUAGAGGAUUUUUACAGCCAGUAUUCAGGAGUCCGUCCACUGAGAAAUUCGAAACAUCAGAAAAAGGCGGAGAAGCAAAGUUGCAAGAACUCACACAAUCGCGAAAGCGGAAAGCAGAUGACGAGGAUGAUAAGAAUCAAGAUACAAAAAAGGCUAAAGUGGACGGUCAGGAUGGUCUAGAGACAAUCCAAGAGGAAAAAACAUCUACAGAAGUAUCCAAGCACAAGCAUGAGUUGUUACCGUCAGAAAAUCCCUCUGGAACAUUUUCACUCUUUCUCAAGGAAGAUUUCCGUGAACACUUAUGCCACUGUCCCGAUUGUUUCCCUCACCUUAUCCCUCACCCUCAACUUCGCGAAGAAGAAGAGACAUAUGAACCUCCCUUAUCCGAAGACGGUGAGGACGAGAACAACGGCGCAGGUAGCCAGGGAACGACGAGCCUAUUGGAUCGCGGCGAGGCAGCACUCAGCAAUAUUGACCGCGUACGUGCCAUAGAGGGCGCUAUGGUGUACAAUCACCUGCGGGACAAGGUCAAAGCUUUCCUCAAACCGUUCGCCGAGAGUGGCCAGGCUGUUAGUGCGGAAGACAUCAAGUCCUAUUUUGAGAAGUUGCGUGGAGAUGACAUGGCUAUUCGCGAAGCUGGUGGUCAGGCUUCUGCCUCUCAUAACAAUGGAGGAAGUGGACGAGACAGUGAUCAGGAAGGGGGCGGUUCUAACCGGAAGGAACAGAGUGGUAUGUAA